UUGUUUAUGUGUAUACAAUAGAACAAAAGACAAAACACAAUCCUUGCUUUAUCAUAAUAAUGACGUAUAAUUUCCAUUGCAAAAGCUAUUUUCGUUGAUUACAUUUUACAAACGAUAAUCUAAUUUGCUACAGUUUUAAUCAUCAGUUUCUUUAGGGAUAAAUUGAGGACAGAAAUGUUGAAUUGAUUUCAGUAGUAGGUACAGUACGGUACUCCACUUAGUACAUUUUUAAUUUAUUUAAUAAACGUCAUGAUACUAUUAUUAAAGUAUUUUUCAUCAAUUGUUAUAUUUGGCCAGUUAUUUUCAAAUGUUUUUUGUGUUCAAAAUAUUCUUUUGAUAGUAGUAAAUGAUCUUCGACCAGCUUUAGGCUGCUACAAUGACAAAAAUGCCUAUACCACUCCUCACAUUGACGAGUUAGCUGCAAAUAGUUAUGUAUUUACCAGAGCAUUUGCUCAGCAAGCAUUGUGCGCACCCAGUCGCAACUCAUUUCUGACGAGUAGAAGGCCCGACUCUCUCCUCUUGUACGACUUCUACAGCUAUUGGCGACAUGUCGUUGGAAAUUUUACCACUCUGCCACAGUUCUUCAAGGAACGCGGCUACGUCACCAAGUCCAUUGGCAAAGUGUUUCAUCCAGGUUUGUGUUAUUACCAUCCGUUGGAGAAUGUGCCAUUGCCGGACAACAGACAGCGACCCUAUGGAUCGCCGACGGUCGCUUGGAAUCCGUGGAACGAUUUGCGCGAAAGGGACGACAUUGCCAAACUCAAACUGCUCUUUCCGUUUCAACCAAUGCCAGUGGAUUGGAUGAAAAGCAUAAUCCAGAGUUACAACGCGGCAGUUACUUACAUUGACGAGUUGAUUGGUGAACUGCUGCUGACACUUGAAAACGAAGGAUUAGAUAAUAAUACAAUUGUCGCACUGAUUGGAGAUCAUGGUGAGUUGUCACUGCUUGGUUCGGAAGCCACCCAAAUCCAUUCGUUUCUUAAUAUGUUUUGUCUAUUACAGUGAAGCACGCUGCACACGGGGACAAUAGUAGCGUCC